AUGCAAAAGCCACCUUCGCCAUCACCUUCUUCCAAGGUUCCUCAACUGACGUCCAUCGAUGCCGAGCCAAAAGGAGCUAGUAGAGACACCGCCCAACUCCCGUGUUGUCGUGAUAGAUUUGGAGAGCAGGCGUGCCAAUCGCUGAGAAAAGCACAGCCAGCUCUUUUUGAGAAAAGAUGCCUCUCCGAUCAUGACUUCAGCGCCCUCGACUGCUGUGGAGAAUGCAGAAAAUACAUUGAGAGAAACAAGAUCAGUUCCGAAAACUCUCGGUCCCUCCAAAAGGCUCCAACAAUGUGUAAAGACAAACAUUCCAUCGGAUUCUGUCGGAGAUUUAAAGCAGCUGGAAUGGGAAAAUACAGUUGUUCUGACGCGGAGUUUGCAGUCCGAGUAUGCCGUCAUUCGUGUGGAUACUGUAACGAUGAGUUGUACUCAAUGAAGAAUGCUCCGUCAAUGUGCUCCGAUGCCAACAAGUCAAUUCCAAUCGUGAAUGGAACUCAUUUAUAUUGGGCGUUUGGACGGGAGGAUAAGAAGAAAACUGUUUGA